ACGGCACUCGUGAUUGGCUCAACCAGUAGGAAACGGAAGUACAUGCGAAACGUAAACAACAACCGCACUCGUCCUGUGACAACAUCUCCGUGUCGCACGCGAACAUGAGCUGACAGAAAUCGGCAGCCUUCACAAAGCAAUUUCCCAACAUCGGACAAAAUUCAACAUGAGUCUGAGGUAUCCUCUUCUGUUCUGUCUGGCAGCAGUCUCUGCCUUUGCUAUAUCCCCCCCACACAUGUGGACCAAACUCAUCCUCACCCACCACUGGCCCAACACUUUCUGUUCUGUGGAGGCCUGUCAUCAUCCUAACAUCACCUACUGGACACUGCAUGGACUCUGGCCUAACAAAGGCGCUCUUUGUAAUGCAUCAUGGCAUUUCAACACAUCUGAAAUAAAGGACUUGCUCCCAGACAUGGAGAAGUCUUGGCCUGACUUACUGAAACCUGCAUCAUCUGGAUUUUGGAAGUACGAAUGGUCCAAACAUGGCACAUGUGCUGCCAAAGCACCCGCGCUUAACAGUCAACAUAAGUACUUCAGCAAGGCACUGGAACUGUACCAUAAACUGGACUUGGAUAGUAUCUUGAGGAAAUUUGACAUUAUCCCAUCUGAAAAAUAUUACAAAUUUUCUCAAAUCGAAGCAGUCAUAGAAAACUUCUAUGGCGUCACACCUAAGAUACAAUGUGUCCAUCCAUCGAAGAAUGGCGAUGUGCAGGUUUUGGCUCAGAUCGAGAUUUGUUUCAGCCCCGACUUCUCCCUCUUGGAUUGUGAGAAAGAGAUCUCUUCCUCUCCAUACAGUGUCUGUGAUGAAGACACACCAGUUUACUAUCCACCUCUUUAAAAAGCAAACACUACAACACUAUAGCGUUGACAAAUGUAUACAUACAGUACACAAAAAUACUUUUACAGUUAACUGUACUGAUGUCAAGCAAGUCACAAUGCACACGGACUGAAAUAGGAAUGCUUACUCCAAUUUAUUCUCCUGCAAUACUUGUAGUCAAUACCAAAACGAUUUUCGUUUUUCAUCUGCCUGUUUAUAGGUUGAACCCAUGCUAAUAAAUCAAUGAGCUUCCGCUUUUUCUUUAUAAUAUCGAUAUAAUUGCGCCACAGUAGUUUAUUUUUUUUUAACUUAUUGUAUUGCACAACAAGUCUCAUUUUGUUGAGUUAUGUCUUUUCAGUAUGUGAAAAAUUGCUUUUAUAUCCAACCAUUAUCUAUUUUAGGUUGUUUACACUAACAGCAUUAAAAUCUAUGGCGUUGUCUUAUAUAAUAGACUGUGUUUGUCGAAUGCAAUGAUUUAAGAGCAGCAAUGAUGAUUUAGUUUAGUGUGACAUAAAAUAUGUUAUUCUGGGGCAGAGCAAGUUUAUUGGAAUCAUACGCUACUGUUUUAGGAUUGUAAUGCAACUUUCAGGGAACAGCGUGCAGAGGAAGAUUUGCUAUGGUUCUCAGUUGUUUAUGGUGCCAUUUUAUUUUUAAUGUAAAUGCAUAAUGGGAAGUAAUCAUCAGAAUAUGUUGAAUUUCAAUAAAAAAAUAUGAUUCA